AUGAUGGGGCAGAUGUUGGAGGAUGUCACAGACGGCUUCGGCAUGGAAGAACUGGAGUGCAAGAUCUGCUUUUGCGUCUACACCCUGGGAAGCCGACGGCCUAAGGUGCUGGACUGCUGUCACCGACUGUGCACCAAAUGCUUGACUAAGAUACUUGAUAUGGCAGAGGGACGGUCCAUCACCUGCCCCUUCUGCCGCUACCCCACCACCUUGCCGGAGGAAGCUGUGAGAGGCAUCCCAGAUGACAGCAACCUGGUGGCAGCCCUGACCAUUCUGAGACGCGAUAGACGGAACCUCAGCCAGAACUCCACUGCUGAGCUCCUCCUCAGCCCCAGGCACCUCGGCUCACAGGUUAACACUCCCAUUUCGCACAGCUCCUCCAACUGCCUGGUCAUCACUAUGAUGGAGACUACCCAAGAGCCAGCAAGUCCCCAUCGCAAUCCACUAACCCCUAACCCAGACUAUAGCUCUCCCAGUCCCGAGUCUACAACCACUGUCUACCAACGCAGGUCCACGUUAGACUGGGCUUCCAUCAUCUGCCAAACCUCAGCCAAGGCACUGGUCUGGCUGUUUGGCCUGUUCUACAUCAGCUCCCUUCCUCUAGGUGUCUACCUGCUCAUAAUGCAGGAGACAAUGCUGGGGAUCCUUUUGGUCAGCUUAGUGCCUACAAGCCUGGUGAUCUUCAUGGUUUAUGGUCUGUGCCAGGACUUGUGUCAGAGGUUCUGGGACUGCAUAUCAUCCUAA